CACAGACUCAGACACAGUUGAAAGUCAUGUUAAAAUGGAUUUACAUUUUUUGGUUGUUAGUGUACAGUAGAUUAGGAGUUUAGUGACUCAGAAUUUUUUGCUGCCAGCCAGACUUCACAAAAUAAACACACCAAGGAUAGAAUAUCCACGGUCCGCCUCGGUUUCCUAAACUGUGACGUCAGUCUGGAGGGAAAAGGGGGGUCCAUUGAGAUCCCCUCACUAUCGGCUGAGGAUGUGAGAGGCUGUGUCUCCGUCUGCACCACCCCCUUAAUUUCCCCACAAUCAACAGGAAGACUGGAGGCCUGGGAGAGCAGCCGUACUCUGCAGGAGAGGAAGGACGGAGAGGUCCAGCUGUACACUUGGAACAAAGGAAAACCAUCAAGGCAAAGGAAUGAGCAAGACUCAGAAAGAAGUGAAGAAAAUCCAGUCAGCUUACCUGCAGAACUUGGAGAAAUUAAACCAGGGCAUAAAGCCAGAGAAGAAAAGUUGGAAGCCGAAGGAAGGAGAGUUUGUUGUGCAGACAGCGAUGGAAAAGCUGCGGCAGCCUCCCAUAGCUGGAAAAGUCACCAAAAGCUCAGCUCAUAGAAUAAGUAGAGAUCUGACCUGCUCCAUAUGCCUGGAUCUCUUCAAGCAGCCCAUGUCUCUGCCCUGUGACCACACCUUCUGCAAGGGCUGCAUCGAGGGGUACUGGACAGGUCCCAGGGGCUCUGGCCAGGGGGGCACGGGCUCCUGCCCUCAGUGCAGGAAGGUGUACCCUGGACAGAGCUACAGGCCAAACCGCAUUGUGGCAAACAUUGUGGAGAGCUACUGUCAGGGUUUGGAGGAAAGCGGGGCCACAGCCUGCCUCCCAGAUGUUGGGGUGCUGGAGAGGGUCCCUGCUCCGGUCCCCCGCUGCAGCAGACACAGAGAGGAGCUGAAACUUUACUGUGAGGAGGACCAGGAGCUGGUGUGUCUGGUGUGUGGACUCUCCCAGGAGCACAGGAAUCACACCAUGGUGUGUGUGCAGGAGGCUGAACAAAAGUACAGGGCCUCUCUGAACAGCUCCAUGGAUUCCCUAAAAGUUGAGCUCAACACAGCACUGCAGUAUGACAGGGAAGCUGAGGAAGAAGUGAAAAAGUUGAAGGAGCACACGGCUGACCUGAAGCAGCGCAUUGAGGCCCAGUUCAGUGACCUGCACCAGUUCCUGUACCAGGAGGAGAAGCUGCUGCAGGUGAAGCUGAAGACGGAGGAGCGCAGGGAGCUGAUCCGCCUGGACGAGCACAAGGCCCUGCUGUGUGUGGAGAUCUCUCGUCUGCAGAGAGCUGUGCACGAGAUUGAGGACAAGCUGAAGGAGCAGGACGCCUUUACUCUGCUACGGAGCAUUAAAGUCCUGCUCCAGAGGCCUUCGCUGAAGUUUGAGAAACCUGUGUUUACACCUCCUAGUCUGUGUGAGGGUCGAUUUGCAGGACCCCUGCAGUACAGAGUGUGGAAAUCAAUGAAAGGAAGCCUUUAUCCAGUUCCAGCAGCCAUCACUUUUAACUCCAGCACAGCCAACCCCUGGCUCAGCCUCACCUCCUCCCUGACCUGUGUCCGCUACCAGACCUUCAACCACACUGUGCAGGACAACCCGUACAGGUUUAACGCCGCCCUGUCCCUGCUCGGAAGCCAGGGCUUCACCCAUGGGCGCCACUACUGGGAGAUCGAAGUUUACAGCAGCACAGUCUGGACUGUCGGAGUAGCUCGGGAGUCAGUGCCAAGAAAGGGGGUCAUCAAAGCUCUCCCAGCAAAUGGCUUCUGGACUCUCUCCCUUUCUUACGGGAUACAGUACAUGGCCGGAACUUCACCCCCCACCGUGCUGUCCCUGGAGGAGCCACUGGCCCGGAUCGGGGUGUACCUGGACUACAAGAGGGGCCUGGUGUCCUUCUACAACGCAGAAUGCAUGGCACACCUGUACACCUUCAGGGAGACCUUCAAUGAGACCCUGUACCCCUACUUCAACCUGGGUUUUCUGGAUAAAGUGCAUGAGAAUGAGCCUCUCAAGGUUUUCUUGCCAAAGAUUUAAAAAAAAUGUAACAGAUAAAAAAGUUGACAAAGCUAAAAGUACUGUAUAAAAACAUGAACUUGUUAAGAAUAAGAAAUAACAAGGGAUCUUUUUUUAAAUAUAUAGUGUGCAACGUACAUAAGUUAUUGGAAUUUUGGGCAGGAAAGGGUUUGUUUGUCUUGCAAACAAUAAGGCCUGCUCACCAAAUGCGCGAUGUGCAGGUUAUAUCUUCUUCUUCCCUUACUUUGUCAGCAAUGCAGAAUGCAUUAGCACAGAGCAGGAUUGUGUUUUCACCCUGAGAAAUGUACUGAAAAACUGCCCCACAGGACACCUGGAGGUCUGACACUCCACAGGGAACCUUUACUUUACAUUUUCUACGUACUUUGUUCAGUGUGUAGGCUGGAUCUACUGCCACACAUUUCAUUUCAGAGAAGCUGGGCUUCAAUGAAGAGAAAGAAAGUGUGUGAUUAACUGGUGUGCUAUUAUUAUUAUUAUUCUAACAGUUUAAUAUGUUACUUCUGCAUGACUUUAACCUGUAUAUUUACUGCUUCACUGUGGAAUUUGGUCUUGUAAAAAAUAUGCAUCAUGUUUAAGUUGACUAUAUGAUGAUAUCUUAUACUCCUGGUGGUUUUGACUAGUUCAGGACCUUGGGAAAUGUUAAGCAACAAGAGUUAAGUGUCUUUUUGUGUGUGUAUCAUUUUGAUUUCUACUUUGACUUUUGGUGCUAAAUGCCUUUGACUUUAACCACUGAGGUGAUCCAAUAUGCAGCCGCCCGCCAGUAUAUCACAUGCAGGAUUAUAUGGGUAAUAUUUUAAUAAAAGCAUUUCUUGAA